AUGUCUAGUCUAUAUAACACAUCUGUUUUACAGCUAAGUGGCUACAACAUUUCUUAUGAAGGCGUCUUUCCUGCUUUCCUUUUUGCUACCCUAAAUUAUAUGAUAAUCCAUUUCUGCAACCUUACUUUAAUUCUUACCAUUGUGAUGAACAAAUCUCUGCAUCAACCAAUGCACCUGUUCCUGGUGAACCUUCCUAUUAAUGACCUGAUAGGUUCUUCAGCAUUUUUUCCACAACUUCUUAAGGAGCUAUUGACAAACAGCAGAAGGAUGCAGCUUUCCGCUUGUAUUGCACAAGCUUUUUUCAUCCAUAUCUAUGCAGCAGGUACAGUGUUUAUUCUUAGUGCGAUGGCCUAUGACAGAUACAUCGCCAUUUGUCACCCUUUACGUUACAACACUGUUAUGACAAAUGCUCACAUAAUGAAAAUAAUCACCUUAGUUUGGUCUUCCUGUGUGGUUUUAAUAGCUGUGCUCUUCAUUCUUCUUUUACGCUUGCGCCGCUGUAGAUCUGAAAUUACACACUCUUACUGUGAUAAUCCGAGUUUGUUGACUUUGGUGUGUGAAGAUACAACCAUUAAUAACAUCUAUGGUCUUUUUAUAAGUGCUCUUUCACAAAUAAUAGCUAAUGGAACGGUUUUGUAUACAUAUCUUCGGAUCCUCAUUGCAUGUUUUAGGUCGAAACAGUCAGACACUAAAGCAAAAGCUCUGCAGACAUGUGCUACACAUUUAUUAGUUUUUCUCUUACUGGAGUGUUUGGGUCUUUUUACCAUCAUAUCAUACAGAAUAAAUAAUAUUCCGCCACACAUAAGAAGAUUUCUAGGAGUGUCAACAUUAGUUUUCCCCCCAACAUUAAACCCAAUCAUUUAUGGACUUAAGACAAAAGAAAUUCGGGAAAAAGUCAUGACAUUUUUUAGAAGGAAAUUGUUUUUUUAUUAA